ACUUGGGCUUUAUUUGAUGUUUCGAGGCGCAGCGCAUAUCCGGAUCGACGGGGACGCGUUACUUUCCGUGUGUUGGAGCCUCCGUGGAAAACGAAGGGGCGGACAAACAUGUCAGCCAGAGGAGGAAAGAAGAAGGCCACCAAGCUGUCCCGUUCAGCCAGGGCAGGUGUCAUCUUCCCAGUGGGGCGCAUGAUGCGGUAUCUGCGCAUUGGCACGCACAAAUAUCGCAUUGGCAUGGGGGCUCCGGUGUACAUGGCAGCUGUCAUUGAGUACCUGGCAG